AGAUUUACGUGAGAGCACAGAGAAGCUCGAGUCUCGCGCUCCCUCUCUUUCACACUGUUCUACCAUUCUGUCACGAUGCAGACACGGACAUUGGUUGUUUUCCUGAUCGUUGUUUUAGUGUCUGUCACUCUUUCUGCACCAAUACAUGAUGGCACAGACAAUGAUGAGAAAGCACUUCUAGACUUAUUUAUUGGUGUUAACAAUGCAGUUCACCCGACUAAUAGCCCUGUGAAUGGAGACUUAGGAACUACAGAUGGAAAGGACUCUGCAGAGAAAGCAGAAGGCACAGCAAGUGACACAGCAGAUACAACAGAAAAGCCGGGUGACACAAGUCAGGAUGAAACCACCAGUGGUCCAGAUUCAAGAGACUCCUCUGAAUCUGCACUAGAGAAGAAAGAGUCUGACAUGCCAGACCCAGCUGAAGACAAAAAUAAAGAUCCUUCAGAUGACAUGGCCGAACGAGCAUCAACAGAAAAGAAACCAGAUGACACUGAGGAAGUAAUAGACACACAAACAGAUUCUGCUGAUGCUGACUCGACACUCAUAUCAUCAAAUGAAAUGGACUCUCCAGACAAGACCUCUUCCAGUAAGGAGACGGAGUCACGUGCUGAGCCAGACAAGGAUUCCCGAGAAUCUGAAAAGCACAAGUCAGAUGCCAGCACUGAUGCAUACAAGGACAGUAAAGAACAAGACGUGGACAAAACCUCGGAGAUGGAGGACAAGGACAAACCUGCCAACAAGGCUGUGGACACUGAUGGAGAUGGUGAUGAGACAAGAGGCACAGAAGACACUGAUGUGAAAGAUUCAUCAGAAAGAAAGGACAAGACCAGCAAGCAUGAUGAUACUGACAAGGAUACUGACCAUGACACAGUGAAAUCUUCAGACAUGACAGAGAUCAGUGACAGUGCUGAGAAGACUGACAAAGACAGCAGUAGAGACAGUGACAAAGAGGAUGAUAAAGAUAGAGACAAUGACAGAGAUAGUGAUAAAGAUGAGGAUAAAGACAGUGAUAGGAAGGAUAGUGAUGUAGAUGAGGAUAAAGACAGUGAUAGGAAGGAUAAGGAUGAAGAUGAGGAUAAAGACAGUGAUAGGAAGGAUAAGGAUGAAGAUGAGGAUAAAGACAGUGAUAGGAAGGAUAAGGAUGGAGAUGAGGAUAAAGACAGUGAUAGGAAGGAUAAGGAUGGAGAUGAGGAUAAAGACAAUGAUAGGAAGGAUAAGGAUGGAGAUGAGGAUAAAGACAGUGAUAGGAAGGAUAAGGAUGGAGAUGAGGAUAAAGACAGUGAUAGGGAUAGUGAUGCAGGUGAGGAUAAAGACAGUGAUGGAGACAGUAAGAAAGAUGACAGGGACAGUGAUGGAGACAGUGAUGGAGACAAAGUCAUAAAAGAUGAGGAGGAUAGUGCAGAAAGUGACAAGGACACCACAGAUGACACAAGCACUGACAAAAGCAAUGAGAAGGAAAUGACUGGUGAGGAAGAAAAGGACACUGACCAAGAGACAAAGAGGAAGUCUGAGGAAUCUGUGAGGGGAUCUCAGUCUGGCUCGUUCAUCUUGGACUCCUCAAGUAAAGAGGAUAGCCAGGACAGAGAGACGAGCAGCACUGAGUCCACUGAUAAAGACAGCUCAGACAGCACAGACCAUGCUGACAAGGACAGCACUGAGACAGAUGGAGGAGUUUCAGAUGUCAGUGCCAAUAGUUCGGAGAUAGAGACCCCUGAUGCAUCAUCACUUGAAACAGCUGAGGACUCUCAGGGUGACUCCAGUGAUGAGAAUGACGAUGAUGACUCAAGGGGUGCAACAGAGUCGAAAUCACAUGAGGACAACACUGAUGAAGACACUGAUGUAGACACAACUGAUGAAGAUAAGGAUACAGAUAUGGAUGAAUUUGACAAAGUGCAGAAUGAUGCUGAGGCAAAACCAUCUGAUGUACCCGACCAGCCAGAUCAUCUAGAGGACACACCCCAAGGGUCUGUUGUUGGUAGCAAUAAUGCUUCUCUAAGCUCCUAGCGCCCAGAAUAUCACUGGAUCAAACCGUUUAACAGGGUUAUGCAAUACAUGGUGAAAUACUAAAAGAGAAGCAACUGAAGUCACUGUGCUAACCAGCCAUUUUGAUUCCCUAUUAACAUGACAUUUUAUAACUUUCUGUCCCCUUUGAUGAAGGGUUCUUGGAUGGAAAAAUAAAUUAUUCUGUGUGGUGAUGUUCUGUUCCUCAUAACUCUGACAGUCUUAAUUCUAUAACUGAAAAAAGCAAUAUUUGCCAUUUUUGUUUAAUUUGUGAAGAAACGUAGAGGUCAAAAAUCUUUCUUUUUUAUUCAAACAUAGAAAGUUUGAAACUUAGUAAUUAGUCACAAAUAUAAUGUUUGUAUUUUUGUUCUAUAAUGUUGAAGUCAAAAUCAUCAGUGGCUUUUCACUAUCAUGUCUGUGGCCCUGGCUUUAAGACACAUUUUGUCCAUCUGACUGCUCCACCUUCUGGACUGACACUGUUCUUAACCUCAGCCGAACGUUGUACAGCUGAAACAUCAAACGCAAAUGACACAUUGCCUAUUAAAAUAUAGUAAAACAUGUUCUAGAAUAAAAUAAAUGUGUACAGACAGUUUUGCUUAAGUGUACCUUAAGUUCACAUCUCUAGAGGUAUAUUAAUUAAUGUUGCAGUGAUAUAAAACCACAGAUUGACAAGUACUGAAAUGACACAAGAUGUAUAGAUUAAUUAAUGUCACUACAAUGUGCACACAGGGACCAAUUCUAAUAAAAUAAUGAGUUGUCAGACAAACCUCAGGCCAUG